AUGAAUUUUAAACUUGUCGACAUCGAUGAGGAUUUGCUGAAGAAUAACCGCUUCCGAGCGCAGCCAAUCAAUCACGACUUCAUUGAUAAAAGGGAGCAUCCUUUUCACGUGGAAGUUCUUCGUGGCAGUGUCGAUGUCUUCAGUGAGAAAAUGCGGCAUUUGGACGCUUUUGUGGCAAUUGAACUGAUUGAACAUCUCUAUCCGCUUGAACUUGAGCGACUGCCUUACAAUGUUUUUCACCUUAUCAAGCCCCAAAUUGCCAUCUUCACGACUCCAAAUUCCGACUUCAACGUCCUUUUUGCCAGUCUUCCUGCCCAUAAUUUUCGCCAUGACGAUCACAAGUUCGAGUGGAGUCGCGAACAGUUUCGAGAGUGGGCGGAAAAUCUGGCACAGAGAUUUCCUGACUACUCUGUCAGUAUUCAGGGCAUUGGCCCAGCUCCGGAAGGCAGCGAAGAUCACGGUUGUUGCAGUCAGGCUGCAGUGUUUGUGCGAAACACCGAGUCUUCGACGGAAGUUGAGGCUGACGAUAUUCUGAACUACAAUCGAGAAGCGGUGGUGAAAACGUACGAAGUCGUGAUGGAAUGUGAUUUCCCCUUCGACCAGCGUUCCAAGGAGCAGAAGAUCGGUGAUCUUGCCAUGUAUCAUAUCAAUUUGAUGGAACAUCGAGCCAGGAUGGACAGAGAAUUCGAUUGUGACGAAUUGAAAGUCGAGAUUCCACUCCAGAAAAUCAUAUCGUUCGUUUUAAAAGAAUAUUCAACGACUCUUGAGGAAUUGGAGUGCAUCUUGAAGGAGCGCAAAGUGGAGAUUAGAGAUCAAACUGUGAUUGUUGAAUCUGACGAGGAAUAUUCGAAUGAAGAUGAGGAGAUGUACUGAAAGAAGAAAAGAUUCUAUCCUUGUAAAAAUUCAGAAUUGAUUUAUAAAAUUUUUUUUUGCAUUUUGUCAUGCGAAUUUUGCCAGUAAAUGAAAUGUAUU